CACAGACGCUCGCGAACCGCCCCCAGCGCUCCGGAGCCUCCUUCCUCCUGCACGCCCCGAGACGCUCGCCCCGCUGGGCCUCGGUCCCCGCCUCCUUUCCCCUCCUCUUCCCCUCUCUCGCUCCCCACAUUGUCUCUGCCUCAUUUUCUCUCCUAGUUGAGGAAAGAAAAAAAUCACCACCAUCCUUAGGAAGCCCCCUCGCCCUCCGAAAAGCAAAACCAGACAUGAUCCUGGGCUCCCGCUUCUGAAGGAUUUGCCCUACCGAGGAGGAGGGAGCCUAGUUUCAAGUCGCAGUAAAGGUCACGGCAGGGAAGCCCCGGCAGCCCCUCCGCGUCGCGUCCCCGCGGGCCGGCCCCUCUCGGCCCUGCGCCCCGCGGCCUCCCCGCGGCCUCCCACUCCGUCCCCUCCACUUUCCCGGGAGCUGGGCCGCAAACACCUCUGUUGAUGGUGUAGCGCAUUAGGGGAAGCAUUUUUGAAACGUUGGGGUUGUUGGAGUGGUUGGAUUUUCCCUGGAAUUGAGUGAGAAAUUCAGAAGACUGAAGCCCAGGCUUACUGUCUACCUUUCACGGAGGCCUAGCCGUGAGAGGACAGAAGAAGGCACGUGGCGAAUCAUGACAGCUGACAAAGACAAAGACAAAGACAAAGAGAAGGACCGGGACCGAGAUCGGGACCGGGAGAGAGACAAAAGAGACAAGGCAAGAGAGAGUGAGAAUUCAAGGCCACGCCGCAGCUGUACCUUGGAAGGUGGAGCCAAAAAUUAUGCCGAGAGUGAUCAUAGUGAAGACGAGGACAAUGACAACAAUAGUGCCACCACAGAGGAGUCCACAAAGAAGAACAAAAAGAAACCACCAAAAAAAAAAUCUCGUUAUGAAAGGACAGAUACUGGUGAGAUAACAUCCUAUAUCACUGAGGAUGAUGUUGUCUACAGACCAGGAGACUGUGUGUAUAUCGAGAGUCGGAGGCCAAACACACCGUAUUUCAUCUGUAGCAUUCAAGACUUCAAACUGGUCCACAACUCCCAGGCCUGUUGCAGAUCUCCAACUCCUGCUUUGUGUGACCCCCCAGCAUGCUCUCUGCCGGUGGCAUCACAGCCACCACAACAUCUUUCUGAAGCCGGGAGAGGGCCUGUAGGGAGUAAGAGGGACCAUCUACUCAUGAACGUCAAAUGGUACUACCGUCAGUCUGAAGUCCCAGAUUCUGUGUAUCAGCAUUUGGUUCAGGAUCGACAUAAUGAAAAUGACUCUGGGAGAGAACUUGUCAUUACAGACCCGGUUAUCAAGAAUCGAGAGCUCUUCAUUUCUGAUUACGUUGACACUUACCAUGCUGCUGCCCUUAGAGGGAAGUGUAAUAUCUCCCAUUUUUCUGACAUAUUUGCUGCUAGAGAGUUUAAAGCCCGAGUGGAUUCAUUUUUCUACAUAUUAGGCUACAACCCUGAAACAAGGAGGCUGAACAGUACCCAGGGAGAAAUCCGUGUUGGUCCUAGUCAUCAGGCCAAACUUCCAGAUUUGCAACCAUUUCCUUCUCCAGAUGGUGAUACAGUGACCCAACAUGAGGAACUGGUCUGGAUGCCUGGAGUUAAUGACUGUGACCUCCUUAUGUACUUGAGGGCAGCAAGGAGCAUGGCGGCCUUUGCAGGGAUGUGCGAUGGAGGCUCCACAGAAGAUGGCUGCGUUGCAGCCUCUCGGGAUGACACGACUCUCAAUGCGCUGAACACACUACAUGAAAGUGGUUAUGAUGCUGGCAAAGCCCUGCAGCGCCUGGUGAAGAAGCCUGUGCCCAAGCUGAUCGAGAAGUGCUGGACCGAGGAUGAAGUGAAACGCUUCGUUAAGGGACUCAGGCAGUACGGCAAGAACUUCUUCAGAAUUAGAAAGGAGCUGCUUCCCAAUAAGGAAACAGGGGAACUGAUCACCUUCUAUUACUACUGGAAGAAAACCCCCGAAGCAGCCAGCUCCCGCGCCCAUCGCAGGCACCGCAGGCAGGCUGUGUUCAGGAGGAUUAAGACUCGAACUGCAUCCACACCCGUCAACACACCUUCCAGACCCCCUUCCAGUGAAUUCUUGGACCUGAGUUCAGCCAGCGAGGAUGACUUUGACAGCGAGGACAGUGAGCAGGAGCUAAAGGGGUACGCCUGCCGCCACUGCUUCACCACCACCUCGAAAGAUUGGCACCACGGGGGCCGAGAGAAUAUUCUGCUCUGCACCGACUGCCGCAUCCACUUCAAGAAAUACGGCGAGCUCCCGCCCAUCGAGAAGCCUGUGGAUCCCCCACCGUUCAUGUUCAAACCCGUCAAGGAGGAGGACGAUGGGCUCAGUGGGAAACAUAGCAUGAGGACGCGGCGGAGUCGGGGCUCGAUGUCGACACUACGCAGUGGUCGGAAGAAGCAGCCAGCCAGUCCAGAUGGUCGCGCCUCACCCAUCAAUGAAGACAUCCGCUCCAGUGGCCGGAACUCCCCCAGUGCUGCCAGCACCUCCAGCAAUGACAGUAAAGCAGAGACGGUGAAGAAGUCAGCCAAGAAGGCAAAGGAAGAAGCCUCGUCCCCUCUUAAGAGCACCAAGCGCCAGCGGGAGAAAGUGGCUUCCGACACUGAGGAGGCUGACAGGAUCAGCUCCAAGAAGACAAAGACCCAGGAGAUCAGCCGGCCCAACUCACCGUCUGAAGGUGAGGGAGAGAGUUCGGACAGUCGCAGCGUCAACGAUGAGGGCAGCAGUGACCCCAAAGACAUCGACCAGGACAAUCGCAGCACGUCCCCCAGCAUCCCCAGCCCCCAGGACAAUGAGAGUGACUCAGACUCGUCAGCCCAGCAGCAGAUGCUGCAGGCCCAGCCUCCAGCCCUGCAGGCUUCCAGUGGGGCCACCUCAGUGCCCUCCACGGCCCCGCCAGGAACACCCCAGCUUCCUACUCCAGGGCCCACACCCUCUGCCACUGCAGCCUCCACCCAGGGCUCCCCUACAGCCCCCCAACCCCCUAACCAGCCGCAGGCUCCAGCAGUGCCUGCUCCCCACACACACAUCCAGCAGGCACCCGGCCUGCACUCACAGCGGCUGCCCUCACCACACCCUCCGCUGCAGCCGCUGACCGGGCCGGCUGGCCAGACCUCCGCGCCCCCCCACGCCCAGCCCUCCCUGCACGGUCAGGGCCCACCUGGCCCUCACGGCCUGCAGGCCGGGCCCCUGCUGCAGCACCCAGGCCCCCCUCAGCCCUUCGGCCUCCCACCCCAAGCCCCUCAAGGCCAGGCCCCUCUGGGGGCCUCCCCAGCCGCAGCGCACCCCCACACCAGCCUGCAGCUCCCAGCCUCUCAGUCAGCCCUGCAGCCCCAGCAGCCCCCACGGGAGCAGCCCCUGCCACCAGCACCCCUGGCCAUGCCUCACAUCAAGCCCCCGCCCGCCCCCCCCAUCCCCCAGCUCCCUGCGCCACAGGCCCACAAGCACCCACCCCACCUCUCAGGACCCUCGCCCUUCUCCAUGAACGCCAAUCUGCCGCCCCCUCCAGCCCUGAAGCCCCUGAGCUCCCUGUCCACACACCACCCCCCCUCAGCGCACCCCCCGCCCCUGCAGCUCAUGCCUCAGAGCCAGCCCUUGCCCUCCUCCCCCGCCCAGCCCCCUGGGCUGACGCAGAGCCAGAGCCUGCCCCCUCCUGCUGCCCCGCAUCCUCCCUCAGGCCUCCACCAGGGGCCUCCCCAGCCCCCAUUUGCUCAGCACCCCUUUGUCCCUGGAGGGCCUCCUCCCAUCACUCCUCCGACCUGCUCCUCUACCUCCACCCCACCCGCGGGACCCAGCACCUCAGCCCAGCUGCCCUGCUCCGCUGCUGUUUCUUCAGGGGGCAGCAUGCCGGGGGGGACAUCCUGCCCACUGCCCGCUGUCCAGAUCAAGGAGGAGGCUCUGGAUGAUGCCGAGGAGCCUGAGAGUCCCCCUCCGCCACCAAGGAGCCCGUCCCCUGAGCCCACCGUGGUGGACACCCCCAGCCACGCCAGCCAGUCAGCCAGGUUCUACAAGCACCUGGACCGGGGUUACAACUCGUGCGCACGGACAGACCUGAACUUCAUGCCUCUGGCUGGAUCCAAACUGGCCAAGAAGAGGGAGGAGGCCAUUGAGAAGGCCAAGCGGGAGGCUGAGCAGAAAGCCCGAGAGGAGCGGGAGCGGGAGAAGGAGAAAGAGAAGGAGCGAGAGCGCGAGCGCGAGCGGGAGCGGGAGGCAGAGCGGGCAGCCAAGGCAUCCAGCUCAGCACACGAAGGCCGCCUGAGCGACCCCCAGCUCAGUGGUCCUGGCCACAUGCGGCCAUCCUUUGAGCCACCACCGACUACCAUUGCUGCCGUGCCCCCGUACAUCGGGCCCGACACGCCUGCCCUUCGGACUCUGAGCGAGUAUGCCCGGCCCCACGUCAUGUCACCCACCAACCGCAACCACCCCUUCUACAUGCCCCUCAAUCCCACCGACCCCCUGCUGGCCUACCACAUGCCUGGCCUCUACAAUGUUGACCCCACCAUCCGUGAGCGGGAGCUCCGGGAACGCGAGAUCCGGGAACGGGAGAUCCGGGAGCGCGAGUUGCGGGAGAGGAUGAAGCCAGGCUUCGAGGUGAAGCCACCUGAGCUGGACCCCCUGCACCCAGCCACCAAUCCCAUGGAGCACUUCGCCCGGCACAGCGCCCUCACCAUCCCCCCGACUGCCGGCCCCCACCCUUUUGCUUCUUUCCACCCGGGCCUGAACCCCUUGGAGAGGGAGAGACUGGCCCUGGCAGGCCCCCAGCUACGGCCAGAGAUGAGCUACCCUGACAGACUGGCGGCUGAGCGCAUCCACGCCGAGCGCAUGGCGUCGCUGACCAGUGACCCCCUGGCCCGACUGCAGAUGUUCAAUGUGACUCCGCAUCAUCACCAGCACUCACACAUCCACUCCCACCUCCACCUCCACCAGCAGGACCCCCUCCACCAAGGCUCAGCAGGCCCGGUUCACCCGCUGGUUGACCCCCUGACUGCCGGCCCUCACCUGGCUCGCUUCCCCUAUCCCCCUGGGACCCUUCCCAACCCUCUGCUUGGACAGCCCCCCCAUGAGCACGAGAUGCUACGUCAUCCAGUGUUUGGCGCCCCCUACCCUCGAGACCUGCCUGGCGCCAUCCCACCCCCAAUGUCGGCGGCCCACCAGCUGCAGGCCAUGCACGCCCAGUCUGCAGAGCUGCAGAGACUGGCCAUGGAGCAGCAGUGGCUGCACGGACACCCCCACAUGCAUGGCGGCCACCUGCCGAGUCAGGAAGACUAUUACAGUCGACUGAAGAAAGAAGGUGACAAGCAGUUAUAAGUUAUUUAUUUGUUAACGCUGGCUGUGGAAACCCCAAUUCUUGGGGGGGAGAAACAGGACUUUUUACAUACAAUAGGAGCUGCAAAAGCAAAAAGAAUAUCUUCUAAAGAUUUCUUUAUAUAUUUAAAAACCCCACAACUAAAAAUGUAUCCACAUAAUAGUAUUCGUUUGUCGAGAGGAUUUCCUGAGGCUGACUUGGGUCCCCCUGCAUGACAGUCCCCCAGAAACUUAGCGAGUCCUGGACUGGACUGAACAUUCAGAAAGCUCCCUGCAAUCUUGGGGUUUGGCUUUAGUUUUCUUUUCCUUGAUUUCUCAGUAGGUGCUAGACUCCACUUCACACCCUUCACUGUGCGUCAGACACGCUCAGUUGCGUGUGUUCCAAAACCCACAUGGUUUGCAGAUAGGCGGCAUAUGAGUUUGGAAUCCAAGAGCUAUAAUUUUUAAAAAAUCUUUUAUUUUAAUACAUUGUAGGAAAUCUUCAUAAUUUGAGAAAGUUCUGCAGCAUGGCUUUUUAUGUCUGUAAAUAAAUAAUUUUAGAACAGUCUUUUUUUCCUUCCACAAACUACUAUUCUGAUCUAUUUUUUCCAGCCAUGUCACUAAUUGUGAAUUCCCACCAGCUAUUGACAGAAUACAGAGUUGAUUUUUUAAUAAAAAGUUAUAUAUAAUUAUCCCUUUAAUUAAAGGGAGCAGAUGGGUGUUACCAGCUACAAUGGGCGAAAGCUCGGGACUAGGCCUGGCCACAGCAGCGGCAUCCAGGGGUUUGCAGGGACAAUGUUACAAGUCUUCAUUUUGCUGCUUUGACUUUCACUCUGUCUGUUCCUAGCACGUGCUUUGCCGGACAUCUGUGAGCUCCGACCUCAGUUUGCACAAGGAGUGCAGGCGUUUGAGUGUUCACUUUCUGUUCCCUGCUGUCACUGUUGUCCUGUUUCUGCAGGCUGGAGAGCACAUGUUUGUGUGUGUCUGAUUGUAGAUUUCCUUAUAGAUUUCUAUGCACACACAUUUGAUUGUUCUGGAUGAACUGCCUUUUUUAAUACUCUGAAAAUUUCCUAAACAUUCUAGAAAAUUCAAGAAAAUGAUUCCAUACAAAUAACUCAGCACACGAAAGACCCAGGACAUAUGCUUGCCAAAGGAAUCUGUUAGAAAUCUGCCCCUUAAUGCAUGUCGUCAUUUGGAUCUUCUUGGGUGAAGACCAAGCCAAGUCAUCCUGGCCACAAAGCAGAGGCUGCUUUGGGGCGAGGGGGAGACCCUGGAGUUAGCACAGUUGUGAGUGGCAGCCUGCAUUUUCACCCCAGGAGCAAGUCUGUGGAUGGUGACCCAUGUCAGUCUGGGAAGCCACAUCCCACCCUUCCUCCUGGAAGUAGGAACUGGAGAUGUGAAGUUGGAAAGCAGGCUUCCGUCUGGGAGGUACCACUACCUGGGAGGUACCACUGUUCAGGCAGCCAGCCCUUCAGAGCAGAACUGUCCUGGACAGCGCCUGCGCUUUCUGAGUUCUGAAAUUAAUGCACUUUCUCUGAAGCAGAGGUUGGGGGGUGUCUGGGGACAUCUGCACCCGUCGGUCAGGCUUCCUUCCAGGAUGUGGCCCCUCCCAGCCCUCUUCUCUCAGACUCUCAAGGGCCAUUUCUGCCACUGUUGUGGUGGUCACAUCCAAGAAUUGUCAGAAAAAAGAAACCACACUGUGGGUCAGUGGACACGAAGUGCAUCCAGGCCCCAGGCCACGUAGGGGCAGGUGGAGAGGCUGCUGGUCUGACCCAGAAACCAGCAGGAGUCAGCUCAGAUUCAGGUUCUGCGUUCAAACCUGCAUCAGGGGCAUUCCCAGUUUUUGUGAAAACCGUUGGGUUUCAGUUGAGAUAGAUUGUUUUGUCUGUUGAAAAUGUUUAUAGUUUUUUCUCCUUUCAUUUUAUCUCAUUCCAUUUCUGCCUUAACUUUAGUUCCUAGUGGGAAGGCAAGCUCAGAUAAUCCUUUGUCAUCAGACUUCUGGCCCCGUUGGCAUAGAGGCAUUUGUUUUCUUCUGGGGGUGGUGACAUGCCACCAAGGCGGGUUGUUCUACUGCAGGUUCGUCCGCGGCCGAGUAGGGCCUCUUCCGCUGGCUCCGGACAGGCAGGCACGUCCCGCUGCCCCCGCUCCUGCGUCCGUGCCACCGCCUUCUCGCCCUUCUUUUCUUUUUCUUUCUGGUAGAACGCAUCGUCUACCACUCAGUUAAACCUUCUUUAUCUCCUUUCUCUACCAUCCGUAUUUCCAAAGAAGAGAAAGAGUGAAGUACUUUGAAGUCUGUACUUGAAAACCGUCUGAAGGUGUUCUCUUGUUAGUUUUGGUUUUCUCCCCGUAGCCCAAGGUGAAGCACUGAGAUUCUUCCAUUAAGAAACCCCGCAACCUAAAACCCUUACCUGAUCAACUGCAGUUUUUUUAGGAGGCUGCGGACCUUCAUGGUGUCUUUGAAGCCCAACCACUUGGUUUCCUUUUGGAUUUUCCUUCCUCUUGUUUGAAGUUCGGUUUGACUUUUCUGUGUUUCGUACGUAUCUUGUUCAGUGUCGUCAAGGUUGAGCUCCACGUUUCACUGCAGCAGCAGCAGAGCAGAGUGUACAUUCUGAUUUGCUACGUUUAUAUAUAUCUUGAAGCUAAAUGUAUAUAUGAGUAGUUUGCCAUGAGAUAACACAGUGUAAAAGAGUAGACACCCAGAAAUCGUGACUUCUGUGUUCUCUCCAUUUGAGUAUUUUGUAAUUUUUUUGAAAUAUUUGUGGACAUAAAUAAAACCAAGCUACACUACAA